AUGAGAUCAGAUUCCAUGAUGUUGCCUACUAGAAUGAAGACCCUCCACUUGUUACUCCUGAGCCUUCUGAGUGCCACAUCUGCCAAAGCAUCUGGACCUGUUGUCUCCUGCUGCCUGAAAAUUUCUGAAACCAGAGUACCUGUGAACAAACUUAAGAGCUACUAUGUUCAGUCUGGUGUGUGUUCAGUUGAAGCAGUGCAAUUCACCACUGUUAAAGACAAAACCAUCUGUUCAGAUCCCUCUGAUCCUUGGGCAAAAAGAGCCAUGCAAGACCUGGAUGCAAAAAAAUUGACAAAAACAACAAAAAUGUCGGACCCAAGGACAGGUACAUUACAUCUCUCACCAACAGAAAGAUCACUGUUAAUAGUGAAAAACCUACAACCAACAGUCAAGGCAAAAACAAAUCUCUUUUUAACGGGUGUCCCACACCCAACAACAAAACUGUUACACCCAACCAAAAGACCAUACCCAAAGACAGAUACAGCACAUGUCUCACAAACUGGAAGUUCACACCUAACAGUGUUAAACCUACAACUAACGACAAGUGCAGCAAAAAAUUUCUCUACAGUUAAAGUAUCACACCUUGUAAAACGACUACACUCUACAACAUACCCUUUGAUACACUUCUCACCAACAGAAACACCAUACCACUCAGUGAAAAAACUGCUCCCACAAUCAAAUGCAAUAAGGCCUUCUUCAGUGGAAAAGCCACACCAUACAAUUAAACCACCAUACUUAGCAACACAAAAGCUACCGGCAAACACAGAUAGAACAACACCCCCUUCACCAGGCGCAAGUCUAAGUACAGCAAUGAGAACUUUACAUCCAUCAUCUACUGAAGCAACAGUUCUCUCUUCAGAGCAACUGCCACAACAAGUAACAGAAAUACAAGGUACAACUGCCACAAUAAAUCUUUCAUCAACAGAAGAGCCAGUUAAGACAAUGAAACAGACAUCAACAAUGAAAACUGAGGCAAAAUUUGACUCCAUAACUGAAGUACCAGAUUCGACAGAUAAAAAGUCAUACCCGCUUACAAAAACACUGCACACAACCACAAGCACAACCAAACUUUUUCCAACAAAAGUGCCACAUUUAAUGCUGAAAAUGCCAAAGCGAAAGACAAAACGCAGCUCCCGACCAAAGCCACAGCAAAAUAAAUUUUUACUUUGGAAUUGCUACCCUCAGCUAAAAAGCCCCCUCAGACAAAACAAGAGAAAGACUCAACGGCUGCCAAACUACUUGUCUCUUCAAUGGAGAUGCCAACCCAAACAGCAACGCUGCACCCAGUGACGGAGGCCUGAGCCUACUUUCUCCCUUCUGGUGGUGCCAAAUGUAACAGAAAAUCUAUAAUCAAAAGCUUCUACAACAGCAUGCUUUCUCCCAGUGGAAACCCCAUAAUCGAUGACAGCUACCCAGAGGGAACCCUUUCAUCAGCAGAAGCACCAGUGCUCAAAGAAAGCCACCUGAUGGUUUGCUCUAGAAUGUCCUCUCAAAAUAUUUCGUGAAUACUACUUUCAAUCAUUGCUUUCUACAAUUAAAUAAUGAAUUUA